AUGCACAACGUCAUCAUCGAGCAGGGAGAAGCUUUGUACAGUAGAGAAAGCCAACAGCCCAUCACAAACAUGCGGCUACCACUGCCGAGUCCCGACGAGGGAGGGCACUGCAGGGAUGUGUCUGCCAUGGUGGACUGCACUCCAUCGUACUAG